AUGGAGCGCCUCACACGCAAAGAACACACCACCUCUCGCAACUACACCUACACCUACUACCUCGUCAUUCAAUCCCCCGAAAAGCCAACCCUCCUCCUCCAACACGGCUUCCCCGACGACCACACCCUCUGGGCCCGUAUCCUCCCAUCACUCCUCACCUCCGGUCACUCAAUCCUCGUCCCCGACCUCCUCGGCUAUAAUGGCACAUCCAAACCAACAAAUACAGAAGCCUACAACUCAAAGGGCCUGGCCACGGACCUCGUCGAAAUCCUCGACCACGAAAACAUCAACAAAAUCAUCUCUAUCGGCCACGACUGGGGCUCAUACAUGGCUCAGCGAAUGUGGCUCUGGUUCCCCGAGAAAGUCGCGGGACUGAUCAUGUUGAAUAUCGCAUACGACCCGCCCGCGCCGUUUGAUCUUGAUGCGACGAAUGCGGCUAUAGAGAAGGCGACAGGGCUCCCUAGAUUGGCCUAUUGGGAGUUCUUCUCUUCAUCAGACUGCGCGGAUGCCAUGAGUGCGAAUAUCGAUUCUUGGUUUGAGGCACUACAUGGCAAUCCGGAGAAUUGGCUUGAGACGCUCUUUUGUCACCGGGAUGCGCUGUCGGAUUUUGUCCGUCAAGGGAAGCGCGUUCCGCUUCACGGGUAUGCGGAGUCCCUGCGAGAUAACUGGGUAAAUACCUUCGAGAGGGAUGGCUUCGUCGGACCACUGCAGUGGUACCUGGUCAAGGUUAGUGGGAUUCAGUGGGAGGUUGAGAAGGAGCUUCCCAGGGAGAGACAUGUUGUUAAGGUACCCGCGCUGUUUAUUGGUUCCAAGAAGGAUACUGUCUGCACGACUGCUGCGAUUGAUGUUCCGAGGGGGCAGGGAUUGCUUCCGCAGUUAACGGUGGAAGAGGUUGAUACCGGGCAUUGGCCAAUGCUAGAGGCGCCGGAGGCUACUGGUGAUGUUAUUGUCAAGUGGUUGGCCGAGACCGUGUAG